AGUUACCUUGAACUCUUAUGCAAAUUGAGUGAAGCAGGAUCCUGCAGGUCCCUGAACUUCUUAAAUAAACAAAGUCCUACAGAGCCAGUGAGCACUAUGACUCUCAAUCCGGUAUGGCAGAAUGGAGUAUGGUGCAUCAUAUUUGUGUCCAUUUUAAUUUGAGUUCCUACAGUAAUUCAGUCUUAUGGGAGUAGGCGGCCACUUGGGACGGUUUUGACACAUGAGGAGCAGUAUUUUCUGAGAAUGCAAAGGAACAAAGAGAAGAAAUCAAUGGAAAAGAUGGGAGAGUCAAAUCAGUGUAAGAGGAAACUGAGGGUGUGUGUGGCAACAUGCAACAGAGCAGAUUAUUCCAAGCUGGCCCCCAUCAUGUCUGGGAUCAAAUCCCACCCAGAAGACUUUGAACUGGAAGUUGUGGUGCUUGGUUCACAUCUCAUUGAUGACUACGGGAACACCUUUCGGAUGAUUGAGCAGGACGACUUUGACAUUGGCUCGAAGCUCCACACUAUUGUGAGAGGAGAGGACGAGGCUGCCAUGGUGGAAAGUGUUGGGCUGGCACUUGUAAAACUCCCUGAUGUUAUACAGAGACUGAAACCUGACAUCCUGGUCGUACACGGUGACCGUUUCGAUGCUCUCGCUUUGGCAACUGCUGCAGCAUUAAUGAAUAUUAGAAUACUUCACCUGGAGGGAGGAGAGGUUAGUGGUACAAUUGAUGACUCAAUUCGCCAUGCUAUCAGUAAACUGGCCCAUUACCACGCCUGCUGCACACGGAUGGCAGAGCAGCAUCUCAUAGCUAUGUGUGAGGACCACUCUCGUAUCCUCCUUGCUGGCUGCCCUUCAUAUGAUAAGCUGCUAUUGUCUCAUCACAGAGAGGACUACAUGGAUAUCAUCAAAAGCUGGUUGGGUGACAAGGUCCAGGAAGGUGACUAUAUUGUAGCAUUGCAGCACCCGGUCACGACGGACAUCCAGCACUCUAUUAAAAUCUAUGGGCUGAUGCUGGAUGCGCUGAUUUCCUUCAACAAGAAGACUCUCAUCCUCUUUCCUAACAUUGAUGCCGGAAGUAAGGAGAUGGUACGUGUUAUGCGAAGAAAGGGGAUUGAGCAACACCCUAACUUCCGGGCAGUGAAGCACAUUCCUUUUGAGCAGUUCAUCCAGCUUGUGUCACAUGCUGGCUGCAUGAUUGGAAACAGCAGCUGCGGGGUACGAGAGGCUGGGGCCUUUGGCACACCUGUCAUUAACCUGGGAACAAGACAAACAGGCAGAGAAACAGGUGAAAAUGUUUUACAUGUCAGAGAUGCCGACACUCAUAAUAAAAUCUACCAUGCUCUGGAGCUGCAGUUUGGAAAGAGAUACCCCUGUUCUAAGAUUUAUGGUGAUGGCAACGCAGUGCCUCGUAUUCUCAAGUUUCUCCGUUCUAUUGACCUGGACGAGCCUCUCCAAAAGACCUUCUGCUUCCCUCCUGUGAAAGAUCCGAUUUCCCAGGACAUUGAUCAUAUCCUAGAGACCCAAAGUGCUUUGGCCGUCGACCUGGGAGGGACCAACCUCAGAGUGGCCAUUGUCUGCAUGAGGGGCACCAUAGUGAAGAAAUACAGCCAGCCCAAUCCAAAGACUUUCGAGGCCAGAAUGGAGCUCAUAUUAAAGAUGUGCAAUGAUGCCAUGCGGGAUGCCGUGGGCCUUAACUGUAGAAUACUUGGUGUCGGAGUGUCCACUGGUGGGCGUGUAAACCCCCAAGAUGGUGUGGUCCUACACUCCACAAAGCUGAUUCAGGAGUGGUCUUCUGUGGACCUAAGAACGCCCAUAUCAGAUGCUUUACACCUACCCGUCUGGGUUGACAAUGAUGGCAACUGUGCUGCACUGGCAGAGAGGAAGUUUGGUCACGGCAAAGGACUGGAGAACUUUGUCACAGUCAUCACAGGAACAGGUAUUGGAGGAGGAAUUAUCCAUCACAAUGAGUUGGUCCAUGGUAGUACCUUCUGUGCUGCUGAGCUGGGUCACAUCAUGGUUUCCCUGGAAGGCCCAGAGUGUAUGUGUGGCAGCCGUGGCUGUAUAGAGGCCUAUGCAUCUGGGAUGGCCCUUCAGAGAGAGGCCAAAAAACUGCAUGAUGAGGAUCUGUUGAAGGUGGAGGGGAUGGAUAUGAAACUCUCAGAGCCAAUCACUGCUGCACAUCUUAUCAGUGCAGCCAAAAUGGGAAACUCCAAAGCCGACGCUGUUCUGACCAAAGCCGCCACUGCACUGGGUGUGGGCAUCAUCAACAUCCUCCACAUAGUCAACCCUUCACAGGUGAUUCUGUCUGGAGUCUUGGCCUCUUACUACCAGGCGCCAGUGCAGCAUGUCAUCUCGCAGAGAGCGCUCUUCUCUGUCCAAAACAUCAAGGUUGUAACAUCAGACUUGGAAGAACCAGCUUUACUUGGAGCAGCCAGCAUGGUGUUAGACUAUGCAACCAGAAGAAUAUAUUAA